CACCCCGCCCCAUUCUCCCACUAUCCUUCACCCCGCCCCAUUCUCCCGCUUUCCAUCACCCCGCCCUAUUCUCCAGCUUUCCAUCACCCCGCCCCAAUCUCCCGCUUUCCAUCACCCCGCUCCAUUCUCCCUCUUUCCAUCACCCCGCCCCAUUCUCCCUCUUUCCAUAACCCCGCCCCAUUCUCCCGCUUUCCAUCACCCCGCCCCAUUCUCCCGCUUUCCAUCACCCCUCCCCAUUCUCCCGCUUUCCAUCACCCCGCCCCAUUCUCCCGCAUUCCAUCACCCCGCCCCAUUCUCCCUCCUUCCAUCACCCCGCCCCAUUCUCCCGCUUUCCAACACCCCGCCCCAUUCUCCCGCUUUCCAUCACCCCGCCCCAUUCUCCCUUCUUCCAUCACUCCGCCCCAUUCUCCCUCCUUCCAUCACCCCUCCCCAUUCUCCCGCUUUCCAUCACCCUGCCCCAUUCUUCCGCUUUCCAUCACCCCGCCCCAUUCUCCCGCUUUCCAUCACCCGCCCGAUUCUCCCGCUUUCCAUCACCCCGCCCCAUUCUCCCGCUUUCCAUCACCCCGCCCCAUUCUCCCUCCUUCCAUCACCCUGCCCCAUUCUACCGCUUUCCAUCACCCCGCCCCAAUCUACCGCCUUCCAUCACCCCGCCCCAUUUUCCCUCCUUCCAUCACCCCGCCCCAUUCUCCCGCUUUCCAUCACCCCACCCCAUUCUCCCUCUUUCCAUCACCCCGCCCCAUGCUCCCGCUUUCCAUCACCCCGCUCCCAUUCUCCCGCUUUCCAUUACCCCACCCCAUUCUCCCUCUUUCCAUCACCCCGCCCCAUUCUCCCGCUUUCCAUCACCCCGCUUCCAUUCUCCCUCUUUCCAUCACCUCGCCCCAAUCUUCCGCUUUCCAUCAUCCCGCCCCAUUCUCCCUCCUUCCAUCACAACGCCCCAUUCUCCCUCCUUCCAUCACCCCGUCCCAUUCUCCCGCCUUCCAUCACCCCGCCCCAUUCUCCCGCUUUCCAUCACCCCGCCCCAUUCUCCCGCUUUCCAUCACCCCGCCCCAUUCUCCCGCUUUCCAUCACCCUGGCCCAUUCUCCCGCUUUCCAUCACCCCGCCCCAUUCUCCCGCUUUCCAUCACCCCGCCCCAUUCUCCCGCUUUCCAUCACCCCGCCCCAUUCUCCCACUUUCCAUCACCCCGCCCCAUUCUCCCUCAUUCCAUCACCCCGCCCCAUUCUCCCUCCUUCCAUCACCCCGCCCCAUUCUCCCGCUUUCCAUCACCCCGCCCCAUUCUCCCGCAUUCCAUCACCCGCCCGAUUCUCCCGCUUUCCAUCACCCCGCCCCAUUCUCCCGCUUUCCAUCACCCCGCCCCAUUCUCCCUCCUUCCAUCACCCCGCCCCAUUCUACCGCUUUCCAUCACCCCGCCCCAAUCUACCGCCUUCCAUCACCCCGCCCCAUUCUCCCUCCUUCCAUCACCCCGCCCCAUUCUCCCGCUUUCCAUCCCCCACCCCAUUCUCCCUCUUUCCAUCACCACGCCCCAUUCUCCCGCUUUCCAUCACCCCGCUCCCAUUCUCCCUCUUUCCAUCACCUCGCCCCAUCUUCCGCUUUCCAUCAUCCCGCCCCAUUCUCCCUCCUUCCAUUACCCCGCCCCAUUCUCCCGCCAUCCAUCACCCCGCCCCAUUCUCCCGCUUUCCAUCACCCCGCCCCAUUCUCCCGCUUUCCAUCACCCCGCCCCAUUCUCCCGCUUUCCAUCACCCCGCCCCAUUCUCCCGCUUUCCAUCACCCCGCCCCAUUCUCCCGCUUUCCAUCACCCCGCCCCAUUCUCCCGCUUUCCAUCACCCCGCCCCAUUCUCCCUCCUUCCAUCACCCCGCCCCAUUCUCCCGCUUUCCAUCACCCCGCCCCAUUCUCCCGCUUUCCAUCACCCCGCCCCAUUCUCCCGCUUUCCAUCACCUCGCCCCAUUCUCCCGCUUUCCAUCACCCUGCCCCAUUCUCCCGUUUUCCAUCACCCCGCCCCAUUCUUCCGCUUUCCAUCACCCCGCCCCAUUCUCCUGCUUUCCGUCACCCCGCCCCAUUCUCCCUCCUUCCAUCACCCCGCCCCAUUCUCCCUCCUUCCAUCACCCCGCCCCAUUCUCCCGCUUUCCAUCAACCCGCCCCAUUCUCCCGCUUUCCAUCACCCCGCCCCAUUCUACCGCUUUCCAUCACCCCGCCCCAUUCUCCCGCUUUCCAUCACCCCGCCCCAUUCUCCCUCCUUCCAUCACCCCGCCCCAUUCUCUCGCUUUCCAUCACCCCGCCCUAUUCUCCUGCGUUCCAUCACCCCGCCCCAUUCUCCUGCUUUCCAUCACCCCCCCUAUUCUCCCUCUUUCCAUCACCCCACCCCAUUCUCACUCUUUCCAUCACCCCGCCCGAUUCUCCCGCUUUCCAUCACCCCGCCCCAAUCUCCCGCUUUCCAUCACCCCGCUCCAUUCUCCCUCUUUCCAUCACCCCGCCCCAUUCUCCCUCUUUCCAGCACCCCGUCCCAUUCUCCCGCUUUCGAGCACCCCGCCCCAUUCUCCCGAUUUCCAGCAACCCGCCCCAUUCUCCCGCUUUCCAGCACCCCGCCUCAUUCUCCCGCUUUCCGUCACCCAGCCCUAUUCUCCCGCUUUCCAUCACCCCGCCCCAUCCUCUCGUUUUCCAUCACCCCGCCCCAUUCUCCCUCUUUCCAUCACCCUGCCCCAUUCUACCGCUUUCCAUCACCCGCCCCAUUCUCCCGCUUUCCAUCAUCCCACCCCAUUCUCCCUCUUUCCAUCACCCCGCCCCAUUCUCCCUUUUUCCAGCACCCCACCCCAUUCUCCUGCUUUCCAUCACCCUGCCCCAUUUCCGCUUUCCAGCACCCCGCCCCAUUCUCCCGCUUUCCAGCACAACACCCCAUUCUCCCGCUUUUCAUCACCCCGCCUGAUUCUUCCGCUUUGCAUCACCCCGCCCCAUUCUCCUGCUUUCCAUCACCCCGCCCCAUCCUCCUGCUUCCGAUCACCCCGCCCCAUCCUCCCUCUUUCCAUCACCCCGCCCCAUUCUCCUGCUUUCCAGCACCCGCCCCAUUCUCCCGCUUUCCAUCACCCCGCCCCAUUCUCCCGCUUUCCAUCACCCCGCCCCAUUCUCCCUCUUUCCAUCACCCCGCCCCAUUCUCCCUCUUUCUAUCACCCCGCCCCAUUCUCCCUCUUUCCAUCUCCCCGCCCCAUUCUCCCGCUUUCCAUCACCCCGCCCCAUUCUCCCUCUUUCCAUCACCCCUCCCCAUUCUCCCACUUUCCAUCACCCCGCCCCAUUCUCCCUCUUUCCAUAACCCCGCCCCAUUCUCCCUCUUUCGAUCACCCCGCCCCAUUCUCCCUCUUUACAUCACCCUGCCCCAUUCUCCCGCUUUGCAUAACCCCGCCCCAUUCUCCCGCUUUCCAGCACCCCGCCCCUUUCUCCCGCUUUCCAUCACCCCGCCCCAUUCUCCCGCUUUCCAUCACCCCGCCCCAUUCUCCCGCUUUCCAGCCACCCGCCCCAGUCUCCCGCUUUCCAUCACCCCGCCCCAUUCUCCCGCUUUCCAGCACCCGCCCCAUUCUCCUGCUUUCCAUCACCCCGCCCGAUUUUCCCGCUUUCCAUCACCCCGCCCCAAUCUCCAGCUUUCCAUCACCCCGCUCCAUUCUCCCUCUUUCCAUCACCCCGCCCCAUUCUCCCUCUUUCCAGCACCCCGCCCCAUUCUCCCGCUUUCCAUCACCCUGAACCAUUCUCCCGCUUUCCAGCACCCCGCCCCAUUCUCCCACUUUCCAGCACCCCACCCCAUUCUCCCGCUUUCCAUCACCCCGCCCGAUUCUUCCGCUUUCCAUCACCCCGCCCCAUUCUCCCGCUUUCCAUCACCCCGCCCCAUCCUCCCGCUUUCCAUCACCCCGCCCCAUUCUCCCUCUUUCCAUCACCCCGCCCCAUUCUCCUGCUUUCCAUCACCUUCCCCAUUCUCCCGCUUUCCAUCACCCCGCCCCAUUCUCCCCCUUUCCAUCAGCCCGCCCCAUUCUCCCUCUUUCCAUCACCCCGCCCCAUACUCCUUCUUUCUAUCACCCUGCCCCAUUCUCCCUCUUUCCAUCACCCCACCCCAUUCUCCCUCUUUCCAUCACCCCGCCCGAUUCUCCAGCUUUCCAUCACCCCGCCCCAAUCUCCCGCUUUCCAUCACCCCGCUCCAUUCUCCCUCUUUCCAUCACCCCGCCCCAUUCUCCCUCUUUCCAUCACCCCGCCCCAUUCUCCCUCUUUCCAUAACCCCGCCCCAUUCUCCCGCUUUCCAUCACCCCGCCCCAUUCUCCCGCUUUCCAUCACCCCGCCCCAUUCUCCCUCUUUCCACCACCCCGCCCCAUUCUCCCGCUUUCCAUCACCCCGCCCCAUUCUCCCGCUUUCCAUCACCCCGCCCCAUUCUCCCGCUUUCCAUCACCCCGCCCCAUUCUCCCGCUUUCCAUCACCCCGCCCCAUUCUCCCUCUUUCCAUAA